CCUCUCUCCCCCUACAAAAACCCCCCACCUCCUCCUCUUCAUUACUUCAAUUCUUCAUUUUCAAACUCCUUAAACCUCUCACCUAAAACCCCUGUUUUCUUAUUCUUCCAAACCUUCUUCUUCAUUAAUCCUUUACAGUCUUCACUUAAUAAUAUUAUUGUUUGCUUCGAUUCGAGUUCCACCCCAAGAUGUGUGGCGGUGCUAUUAUCGCUGAUUUUAUUCCUCGUAAUCGUAGCCGGAGAAUCACCGCCUUUGACCUCUGGCCCGGUUCCCCGUUCGCCAAUUUCAACUGUAAUGACUCGGAGAAGAAACUGAGUCGACCGGAACCACCUCGCCAGGAACCUGUCUCCUUCAAGAGGACUCUGCCGACAUCAGGUGAUGAGGUGGAGAAGAAGGCGAAGAGGCAGAGGAAGAAUCUGUACAGAGGGAUCAGGCAACGACCGUGGGGAAAAUGGGCUGCGGAGAUUCGUGAUCCGAGGAAAGGAGUCCGUGUUUGGCUGGGUACCUUCAACACCGCCAAGGAAGCAGCUCGAGCCUACGACAGAGAGGCCCGCAAGAUCCGCGGCAAGAAGGCGAAAGUCAAUUUCCCCAAUGAAGACGACGAGUUCACCGUACCAACCCAAACUCAAAAAUCCAACCACAACCCACCUGCUAUCUGGAAUCCCGCUCCUCCUCCGUAUCAGACUCAAAACCCAAGAGCUAAUUUCAACAGCAUUGAUUUCGAGUUCGGGUACGACCUGAACCAGGUCGGAGGAAGUUUCUCUCGUAAUUCAACCGGAUUCAAUGAGAAUCACGCAGCUAAUGCGAUGAGCAAUGAAGCCGUCAUUUGUUGUUGCGAGGAAAACUCCGGUACUGGUACCAGGUCCGGAUCGGAAUGUGGUUACUCUUAUUCACCGGGAUUCACCGGCUGCAACCAGAACUCCAACAACAAUGGGGGAGUGAGGGUGAAGGAAGAAGAGCAGGAGGAGGAAGAAAACGAGGUGCGGAAAUUGUCAGAGGAGCUAAUGGCGUACGAGAACUACAUGAAAUUCUAUCAGAUUCCGUAUCUUGAUGGACAAUCUCCGGCGCAGAAUACUGCUGCACAGGAAAGCGUGGUGGGUGAUCUGUGGAGCUUCGACGAUGCCCCUGUAACUUCAGGUGCCGUGUAACGGCGUCGUUUCGCUCUGAUUUCAGUUCUUCCUUUCUGCUUUUCGCUUCUGAACUCGUGAACUGUUGUCUAAUGUUGGUAACUGUAAAUUUUGGUGCGUCGUAUUUUUUGUUUCUUUAUCUUUUUGGAAUCAUUAGUCCUCCAUAUUUGCUCUCCA